AUGUCAAAAUUCAAUAAUAAUAAUAAUAAUGAUAAUAAUAAUAAUAAGGAAGCACGCAUUUCAAAUGUUGGUGAAGAUGAGGAUGAGAAUUUAACAACAACAACAACAACAGAAACAAUUGAAAAACCGUCCGAAUCUCAAUUACUUUCUUGUCCGUCAUCAUUAUCGUCUUCCCUAUCAUUGUCCUCUUCGUCCUCAUCCUCAUCAUCAUCUUCCUCAUCUGCAUCAUCUUCCUCGUCGUCGAUCUCUUCAUUAACAAGAUCAAAGAAUCUUUUUAAUUCGGAACGUUCUCCUUCGGUUCCACCCACGUCCCCUCCGGGAAGUAGUUGCGAAUCUCCAAUUCCAAAGCUUAGAUUAAAUACGAGUUUAGCCACUGAUCCAGCUCUUAGAUCUGAUGUCAUGACUGUUAAAACGGAAAAUAAUAAUAAUAAUAAUAAUAAUACGGAAACGGGAAAGGGACCACAUUCUGCUAUCGAAAUGGAGUAUCUGACUCAGGUUCCAUCAGCUUUUCAACACGUACUUGCAACUGCCAAUCGUUUAUUUCCGUCAACACAAAUCUCUGAAAAAGAUGCCUUCAACAUGCCAAAGACUAGAAAACAAGAUUCUGGAACUGUGGUCAUUGAAAGUCGAGCAGUUCCAGUGUUUAUGUGCACACCAUGCGGUAUUCGAUUUUCAUCGGCGAGCACAUUAGAAGCUCAUCAAACCUAUUAUUGUUCUCAUCGGGUUCAAUCAAAAGGUCGGGGAGAAAGCGAUGGAGAUGAUCCAAAAAGUCCACACAACGCUAACGACGAUAGUGAAGUUUCUGGGAAAAUUUUACGAACGGGAAAACAAUAUAGUUGUCCUCAUUGUUCUUAUAGCGCUGAUAAAAAAGUUAGUUUAAAUAGACACAUGAGAAUGCAUUCAUCUUCUCCCGCUUCACAAGUAUCUGUUCCACUUCCUGUACCUGCAAUAUUGCCUUCUUCUCUCCAAAAUGGAAUCGAUUCGUCGGGAAAUAAUUCCUCACCGCUCGUAGACAGAUAUUGUCAAGACUGCGAUAUAAGAUUUUAUUCCGUCAAAACUCUCAAAGCCCAUAAAAUGCAUUAUUGUAGUUCACGAUAUGGGAAAAAUUCUUCACCGACUAGUAAAAAUUCUUCUGCUUCCACGUCUCCCACUGCAUCACAAAUAUUUUCCCCGGAACCUUCUUGUCCGAAAAAAAUGGGACAGUCCGGGGAACAACCGUUUUUGCUCCUUCGAACGAAUCCGGUUCUUAUAGUUCCCUAUUCGCUCCUUCAAAGUGCCAGUAUAUUUACGGGUACCUCACCAAAUUUUUCAUCUCAAGAUUCUCCAUGUAUACUAAUGCCUAAUGGAACGUUGCAACCCAUGUCAAAUCUAGUCUCUCAGUUAACUAAUGGAAAAGAUCUAGGUAAAAAUUAUAGUUCGUCGGCCAAACAAAAAGUACGAGACGAAUCUCCACCGGCAAAAAGUUCGAGAACGAAAUUGGAUUCUACUCCAUUAGAUUUGAGCGUAAGAAAAGUUUCAGACAACAAAGAAUCCCAUGUUAUAAACAUGGAAGAUGAAAAAGAAAAUGUUUUUUCAACAAAUCCCGAUCACGAUGAAUAUCCUUCGACUGUUAAUGUCAUGCACGGUAACGCGGUUUCGUCAGAAAAAUAUGGAGAAGAUAGAAAAGAAUUAGAUUUAAGGCGUCCUAGAACUUCAUCACCGAAUCAUUCGCCAUCUUCUAAUCCAAAAAAAUCACCGAGACGAACUCCAAACGGUUUGAAUGGCGGUGUACCGAUCGAAAGUGGAAAAUCUAAAGACGGGAGAAGAGAAUCAAAUUCCGAUUACCAAUAUUGUUUUUCCGAACCUUCUAAAAAAAAUUCCAUGGAUGUAAAGUCUUCGGGAUUGUCUUAUCCUCUCAAUCCCUCACAAUUUCCUCUUUUACUUUCUGGCACUACCUCUGAAUUUUUCAAUCAGGCUUCCGCUCUGCCAUUGCUCACAACCGAUCUUGGCGUGCGAAAUCUAGCGGGCGGUCAAUCAAUUACCGAAUCUCCAUCACAGGUUUUAGUCAAACAGGGAGUUUCAAAAUGCCAAGAGUGCAAUAUUGUAUUUUGUAAACAUGAAAAUUAUUUAGCUCAUAAGAAACAUUAUUGUUCAUCUCGUUUGCCGGACGUGGCUUCAGAUGAAAAUUCCAGAACUAGUCCCGUUACGUCAAAAUCACCAGGGAAUGUAACCCAAACAACAAAAGAAUCUUCCACAGAAAAUCCAAAAACACGAAUUAGUAGUAGUCCGAUUCCAAUAAAACCUCCAACCAUGCAAUAUCAAUUUAUUUGCGUUGCAUGCAGCAUUUCAUUCACUUCUCUCGAUAAUCUCACAACACAUCAAACGUACUAUUGCACGAAAAAGACAAAUGAUGAGAAAUUAAAAAAAUGUGGAAAAUGCAAGGUUUUAGUUAACGGGGAUCAUCAUUGUGGUUCGUGCCUCAAUUCCAUUGUCACAGGUUGGAAAUGUCCAUGUUGUGACGUAAUAAGUCCAACAGCAUCUGCUGCUCAGAAACAUAUGGACACACAUCAAAGCGUUCGAGCUUUUCGUUGCACGAUAUGCAAGUACAAGGGUAACACACUUAGAGGAAUGAGAACCCAUAUAAGAGUGCAUUUUGAUAAAAAAAAUGAUUUUCAGGAAGAAAAGUUUAUAACUUGUAUUUUGGAUCAAGAUGGAGAAAAAACACGACAGCAAAAUCAACAACAACAGCAGCAACAACAACAAAAUCAAACAAACGAAACUUCCGACGAUGGUAAAAGUUCUCAAGUUGUUGUCAAAGAAGAAACUGCCGGAGUAGAAGAUGAAUUUGUAGAAGUUGAUGUUGUCGAUCCUCUAUUUCGAAUUCCGGACGAGGAAGAACACAUCGUGGAAGAAACAGUUAAAUCCUCAUCAUCGACAAUAUCAUCAUCAUCAUCAACAUCAUCAUCAUCGAAUAAUAAAACAGGAAGAAAAAUAAAUUAUUGCGAAUCCUGCGAUAUUUCGUUUAAUUAUUUGUCCUCUCUAAUUGCUCAUAAAAAAUUUUAUUGUAGUGCAACAUCAACCGAAUCGGAAACUCAUGGAAAUACAUCGAGAACAACUCCCGAAACUUCCGUUUAG